UGGAACGGUCGAUAGAGAAUGUGGGGAGAGGUUAUCGCAGCCCUGGUACAUGUUAUCGACUAUCGCCUAUCGAUGAGCGCGCCUCAGCCGAGUUGUAAACAUGUUCACAACGCUCCACAGCGAGGAUACGGAAUAUUCGGCGGAUUCCGUUGAAUGGCUGCCGGAGAAUGAUCCGGAUGUGGGCUACUUUGCCUGCGGCACCUAUCAGUUGGUCCAGGAUGAGACGGAAUCCACCGAGGAAGCUGCUCCCAAACGUCCACGCAAAGGUCGCGUUUAUUUGUACCAAUACGAGGCCACAAAUUCAGCACUGGAGCGGCUGCAGUGCAUCGAAACGGCGGCCAUACUGGACAUGAAGUGGCUGCCAGCUUGGAGCGAUGAUAGCAAUCCCCACCUUACCACAGUCAACUCAUUGGGCCAGCUGGAGGUCUAUGAGUUUCAAAGGGAUGACAAGAAACUGCAGCAACGCACGUGUUUCAGUUUGGAGACGGAGCCCCAGGAGGCACCGCCUUUGGCUCUGGCCCUGGAUUGGCGGCGGCAGGAGGAGCAGGUCCAAUUAGCCAUCUCGGAUUCCAAUGGAGGCCUGCAUCUGCUGCACUACUCGCCGCAGGGUGAGGUGAUCCGAGAGCGUUCCUGGUCUGCUCACGGUUUCGAGGCCUGGACCUGUGCCUUUGAUCGCUGGUCACCGCAUCUCCUGUACAGCGGUGGCGACGAUAUGCUCCUGAUGGCCCACGAUUUGCGCACGGAGCAGCAAGUGUGGACCAACCGGGCCCACAUGGCCGGAGUCACCUGUCUGCUAAGUCAUCCGAGGCAUGAAAACCAUCUGCUUACGGGCAGCUACGAUGAGCAGCUGCGGCUGUUCGACACCCGAGCCAUGAAGCGAACUCUGGCGGAACUGGACUUGGGCGGAGGCAUCUGGCGGCUCAAACCGCAUCCUGUUCACCCCAAUCUCAUCCUGGCCGCCUGCAUGUACACCAAUUUUAGCCUGGUGCAACUGGGUGCCGAUGAUCCGGGCUUGAGUCUCCUGGGAGCCUAUGAGGAGCACAAGAGCAUCUGCUAUGGCGCCGAUUGGUCUCCCAGUUGUGGCAAGGACGAUGGCGCCUUGACCAUGGCCACCUGCUCCUUUUACGAUCAUAAGUUGUGCCUCAGUCGUGUGGAGAUAAGCCAAUAAAUUAAGAUGUCCUUUACAUUACAUUCUAGAUGUAAUUUUUUACAAAUGUUUUUUUUUUUUGUGAAUAAAUUGUUUGAAUAAACAAGAAAUAUAAACCAAAUCAAUAAAGUGUCGGCAGCAUUUCCCUUUAAA